AUGUGCCCACUGAGCCACUUCCAGGAGGGUUUUGGCCCCUCCGGAGCAGCAGCUGCAGGAGCAGCAGGAACAACAACAGCAGCAACAGCAGUAACCGCCGAUGCGGCACCUCCUGAAGCGGCCAUGGCAGCAGCACCAGCGGGCGAAGCUGCCCAAGACGUUGCAGCAGAGUUAUUGAAGACGCUGUACACUAGCCUUCUCGGCACUGCAGACGAGCUCUGCACCACUAGCAGCAGUGGCAGCAGUGGCAGCAGCAGCAGCAGCAACGCCGAAAUGUGCCGUGCAGGACUGCAGCACAUCGCAGCCACGGCAGCCACACUUGCGGCAGGAAUGCUGCCGCAGGAGCUGCAUGAAGCCCUCCAGCAAGUUGCUGCACUGUCGUCACAGGAACUAGCAGACUGCAGCAACAACUGUGCAGCGGAGGAGGCACAGCUGCAGCAGCAGCAGCAGCCUGCUGCCCCCCGCGUCGCCGUCCCUUUCCUUUCUGUCGAGGGCCGCGACAUCUGUGUGCACUUCCCAGGAGAGCCAGCAGCAGCAUCAGCAGCAGCUACCGCGGCAGCGGCAGCAACUGCAGCCACAGCCACCGCAGCAGCAGUGGCAGGACAUGCUGCAGAUCAGCCAGAAGCUUUGAGUGCCUGCGGAGGGUCAGACGCUGCGCUUCAACAGCCACAGGGGCCUCCACAGCAGCAGCAGCAGCAAGACUCGCAGCAGCAGCAACAGCAGCAGCUGCAGCUGCUGGACGAGCAGGAGCUGCGGCUGCUGUGUGCUUCUGUUGCUGUGCUUCACGAUGCUGCAGUAGAGAAGCUGAAGGACUUCUGGAAGAGCGCCCCUGAUUUGCUGGAGAAGGUGCAGCGGGCUGAUGCUGCUGCUGCUGCUGCUGAAAGCAGCAGCAACGGCCAGCAGCAGCAGCCCACUGAUCUGCUGCUGACCUUUAGUAGGGAAGGCCCUGCUGCUGCUGCACUACAGGAGCUUGAGCAGCUUGCAGGAGGGCGAGACAAUAUGCUGCUGCUGCUGGGCCUAAAGCGCUCAGCAGCAGCAGCAGCAGCAGCAGCAGCAACAGAAACCGAUGGCAGCACAAAUGCGUCUGUGUUACUUGCGGAGAGCGAAGACACCCAAGCAGCAGCAGCGUCAGCAGCAGCAGCAGCAGUGACUCCAGCAGCAGCAGCAGAAGCUGGACGGAACCCUGCAGCAGCAGCCGCCCCCCGCGUGGUCUCCCUUGCAGACAUCAAAGAUGUUUCACUGCUACAUGGCAUGCAGCAGCAGCAGCAGCGGGGAAGCUGCGCUGCGACGGUUUCUGUGGUGUCCGUGGGUUCGAGCAUCAGCUGCUCUCCAAGAGCAGCAGCGGAGGGCAGCCCUGCAGCCGCAGCAGCAGCACCUGCUGCAGCAGCAGCGGCCACUUUGCCGGCAGCUGCCCCGGAAGCGGCGGCAGCAGCAGCAGGGAGAGGGGAACUGACGGGGCUGCAGCAAGUGGCGCUGCAGCUGCAGCAGCUGCAUGCAGCAGUUCAAGAAGAAACACGCAAGCUGCAGGAAUUAGCUUCCUUCUACGACCUUUUUGCUGCUCAGUCUCUGGGCAUCGCAGAUGGCACACUUUAG